AUGUUGCACUCCUGGGUGCUGCCACUACCACAGAUGACCGUAGCUUUCAAGGGAAGAAACAUUAAUAUCAGUUUGGUUUUCGUUUCAGAAUGCCCAUUAGGAUGGCAUCAGUAUGAAAGCACCAGGUCGUGUUUUCAAGUCAAUAAGAAGACGCUAAGCUGGUCGGAAGCUGAACGUGAAUGUAACCAAGAAGGUGGACAUUUGGCAUCUAUUGUUGAUGAGUUUGAGAACGUCCAAGUUUUUGACAUAGUUAAACAAGCAAAUCUGAGUGUACUGACUGUUUGGCUUGGAAGACUGGUAAAACUUUCGGAAACUGGUGAAUAUGAAUGGAAUGAUGGUUCUGUAGGCCGGCACUCAGAGGGAUUUAAAGGUGGUGAGCCAUUAAGCGCCAAGUUUUAUUUUGAUUCACCUCCAAGCGGUACCAAUAAAUGUCUAACAAUGUGGUUGGAUUCUGGCAGAGCUGAAGGUUCCUGGUUAGAGUGGUCUUGUACAUAUCGCCCCGGAUAUGCAUCACUCUGUAAGAAACCGUAUAAGUCAGUUCCAUCAUCAGCUCCAAGUAUUCAUCAGAGCAGUCGAUGUUGCGUAACUGCACGUUGUACAACCAAAUGUCCACCACGACAACGUUGUAUUCCCGACGAUCUGAACUGCUGGACAAAGUAUUGCCCCGAUAAUGGUCCUGGAUGGUGUUUGCCAAACCCUUAA